GCAUUGCUUAAGUAUGCUCUUGCCACGAUAUAAACAUGGAGUAUGGGAGAUGCAAACAAUCAUACCUUAUAUUCUUGCUUUCUACUGUCAGAUUCAAUAGCUACUUUAGAAAGGUUGAAGACUUCUUGGUUAACAUACCUUCCAAGAAAAGAAAAGGAUAUCUUUCAAAGAUUUUCAAUAUCUAUUUCCUAAUUUAGUAACUUACAUUCUUACCACGCUUGGGAUUAAUCUAUUUUUUUUCAUCCUACCCAUUACAACAACACCUUUAUCUCUAGAUAAAAUUUUAGCAGAUGGACCAACGAGAUUUCCAUCCUCAACCUCUGGGCAUCUGCCACAAGCUCUAUUAUUUUAUCACCAAAACUCUAGCUUCUCAAGCUUUGAAGACAGUAACUUUAGGGCGUUCUACACCUUACAAUUCAACCUCAACUGCACCAAAAGGUUCUGAAUCUGAAGCAAACAAGGUGGUAAGAUCAGAGACAUCGUGUAAUAAAGCUGAAGAUAGGGAUUCCACGAGCACGAACAUUGAUAUUGCGGCAAGAUUGGCAAAAAAGGCAAACAAGGUGGUAAGAUCAGAGACAUCGUGUAAUAAAGCUGAAGAUAGGGAUUCCACGAGCACGAACAUUGAUGUUGCGGCAAGAUUGGCAAAAAAGGCGUCUCUAAGGAAAUCUGUAAGCAUAAGUGACAAUGUGGAAGAGAUUCUGCCGAAUAAAAGGAACAAAAAGAGGAGCAAGUCCUUCCAAAAAUCAAGUUCUCUGGAUCAAGAAGAAGAACCAAAGCCUCUACGUUCAAUUCUGAAAGUGGAUUCCGAUCUCAAGGACAAAUUUAGUUCAAUUUGUUGAUUUAUUUAUCUUGGUUGAAAUAAUAAUAUAUGUUAUGUAACAUCUCUCUAUGCAAUGAGAAUCUACAUAAUAUCUUCUUUCUUUUUAUUAUUUUUAUUUUUAAAUAAACGUAUAUAUCGCUCUA